UCAAAAACAUGCUGUGGCGGUCGUAUGUUUUUGUGUUUUAGCUCUCCAUAGAAAUGUGAUUGGAUCAACUAAAUUCCUCACAUUUUUACUAAAAAUAUCACAUAAAAACCAAUUGACAGUGAAAGGACGAACUGUGAUUCAGUUUUAGAAGCUACUUCUCACAUUUACAACCAUCCAAAUAUAAUAGGAGGAAAAGGUUUUCAAGGUUACGAAACAAAUGCCGAGUCAACUGCAUUGUGAAAAGAGAGCACUAACAAGCCAUUAUAAUCAAGUUUUAAAAAUACUAAAGUGACAAAAAGAAACAAAAACCUUAGAAAAGUAGAUAAAGGUCGAGCGUGCAAUUUUAAACAAAUCUUGCCAUAGUGUGAAAGUUCUAAUACCCGCCUUAACAACUGAAGAUGUCUUUGCUACGCAAUAUUCAUAUUCUGCAGAAAAGUAUACGAUUACCUACGAUCGCCUACAUAGCACCACAAAUAUGCUUACAUGAAAGAAUGAUUAAUUUAAAUAGUAAAAAAGUGCAUAUUGGUUUUAGUAGUUUAAGGUAUUUAACCAAAACAACCAAACCACCUAAUGCGAAUCCAAAACAUUGUACCGAAACGAAUUUCCCGUUAAAGAAGAGCAUUGCCGUCAGGACAUUACAUGAUAAUGUAAAUCGAUAUGCAAGUAAUGAUAACAAAAAAAGACAAUUAACUGACACAGUCAAAACUCAAACGUUCGCCUCGAGCGAUAAGCUUGAUAGUCAAGUUAGUAGAACAGAAAUGCCUAAACAAAGCAUGAGAGAAGCUUUUUCUCCAUAUUGUCGCUUGAUGCGCCUGGAUCGACCCAUAGGAACUUACUUGUUAUUCUGGCCCUGCGGAUGGAGUAUUGCGCUCAGUGCGAAUGCUGGUUGCUGGCCCGAUUGGAAAAUGUUAGGCCUUUUCGCUACCGGUGCGCUCAUAAUGCGUGGUGCCGGUUGCACUAUAAAUGAUCUCUGGGACAAGGAUAUUGAUGCGAAAGUGGAACGCACACGUACCCGUCCUUUAGCUUCAGGAGAAAUAACCCAAUUUGAUGCUAUUGUAUUUCUCUCAGCCCAAUUGAGUCUGGGUCUAUUAGUAUUACUGCAGCUAAACUGGCAAUCAAUAGUAUUAGGAGCAAGUUCGUUAGGACUAGUCAUAACGUAUCCUUUGAUGAAGCGAAUUACUUACUGGCCUCAACUAGUGUUAGGCAUGGCCUUCAAUUGGGGUGCACUUUUGGGCUGGUGUGCCACCCAAGGAGCUGUCAAUUGGGAGGCUUGUUUGCCGUUGUAUCUAUCCGGUAUUUGCUGGACUAUUGUGUAUGAUACUAUAUACGCUCAUCAGGACAAAUUCGAUGACAUACAAAUUGGAGUGAAGUCCACAGCUUUGCGAUUUGGCGAGAAUACCAAAGUAUGGCUAUCGGGAUUCACUACAGCUAUGCUGACAGGACUAACAAUGGCUGGUUUAGCAACAGACCAAACAGUAGCAUACUACGCGGCUGUUGGUGUAGUGGGCGCCCAUUUAGUACAACAGAUAUAUUCCCUAAAUAUUGAUAAUCCGACAGACUGCGCGAAAAAAUUCUUCUCGAACCACCAAGUAGGCUUGAUUUUGUUUCUGGGAAUCGUUUUGGGAACGCUUUUAAAACCUGAAAAGAAAGUUGAUAGCACAACUAGCAGUAAUAAUGCGCUUAACCAAAUUCAGACGGCAAAUACCCUUGUACAAAUUCCAACAAAGCCUGAGGCUUUAACAUAAAAAUUUGCGAUUUUUUCAAAAAUAUUUCUAAGUAAAAGAGAAUGAGCCCAUUGAUGAGUUCAACUCGAAUUGGCUUUUCCGUAAACCAAAGGAUAAUAUAAUUUAGCAUAUUAAUAUAAAUUAAUUUAGAAAACAAAUAAAUACGGAACAACAAUAAA